AUGGACUCCGGGGUCCACUGUGCCCAGUUCGCCUAUGCGACCCCGCCGAAGAAGAUUAGCUGCGGAAUUCAUCACAGUGUUAGCAUCUCCAACCUGUCUUCUCCCGGCGAGUACCUGUACGAUUCACAUGCCCCAAUCGUCUACGGCUGGGGCCGCAAUGUUUACAGCGUGAUUGGCCUGGGCGAGGAGGUGCGCUCUGCGAAUGUACCCGCGCACGUCCGUUGCCCAGACUUCGAGGCACUGCCUGGAGUGUAUGAAGUUGCUUGCGGCCACAGCCACACGCUCUUCUUGCGAAAGACCGCUGAUGGCGGCGGUGAGGUCUACGGCUGUGGGUUGGGGAACCGAGGGCGGCAAGGCUACCGAAACCCCGAUGCGGACGAGGACGACACACCUGAGGUCGAAGAUAUCUGGUACGUCACCAGCCCGAAGCCCAUUCCAAUCGGAAGAGGAGUCCCUGUCGUGCGCAUUGUUUGUGGUUCGGAUCACAGCAUGGUGCUGGACGCGCAUGGCUUCCUCUACGCGUGGGGCCAGAAUGGAAGCGGUCAGUGCGGUGUGGGACGCACCGGCGACGUCUUGUCGGCGCAACGUGUGGUGUUGCCAACUGUCAAAGGGGGCCAGGUUUUGGUUGCCCAUAUGGCUGCUGGCAGCCACCAUUCCCUCUUCGUCAGCGCCAAGGACGGAAACGUGGGCAGCACGGCAGGUGGGAAGGUCUACGUCUGGGGCUCCAACGCCGAAGGGCGACUGGGCCUGGGUCAUGAUGAAGACCAGCUGUCUCCGAUCCUCGUCGAGGCUCUGCAGACGACGAAGGUUGCCUUGGCGGCUGCCGGAGAAGCGCACACUGGUGUGGUGGACAUGAACGGUGGCCUUUGGAUGUGGGGCCAGGGCUCCUACGGUCGUCUGGGAUUGGGGGAGCCCAUUGACGUGCCGCUGCCAAGGAGGAUACCGAUCCCAGAAGAGCUUCCAGUCAUGCAGCUGGCGCUGGGGAGCUUCCACAGCGUGGCGCUUGUGGGCACUGGUCGGAGCCAAGCGCUUUACACCUGGGGCUAUGGCGAAGCUUUGGGGAACAAGGUGGGCGGCGGAGUCUCACCUUCUCCGUUGGUUGUCGUGCUGGAGGAGCUCAGCAAGGUGCAGGUCUUGCAAAUUGCCGCUGGACCCUAUCACACCUUGGUCAUGAUGGAGGAUGGGGAGCUCAUCUCAUUUGGCCAGGGCUCCUCCGGCCGGUUGGGCACAGGGGCCUCGAAGAACCAGAAGUUGCCGGUGAAACUGCCAGGGGCCGCUGGCUUUGCCACGAAGCUGCGCAACCCAGACAGGUCUGGCGAGGCUUCGCAGCCACGGUCUCCAAGCAAUGUGCAGAAGAGGAAUCUGGAUGACCCCUCAGAGCGCUCCAUGAAGCGCACGGCUGGCACCAGUGCCGUGGGCAACGGGAAGCAGGGCUGGGAGAUCGCCCAGCUAGAGUGUGGCGAUAUGUUCACGGCCGCCGUAUCAUGGCAGGGCGCGCUCUACACCUGGGGCUCUGGGGCCCGUGGGCAGCUGGGCACUGGGAGCCUCCAGGACAGCUGGGUGCCGAAGGCAGUCCGCUUUCCAUCCGGUCGGCUAGUUCGAUCCAUUGCCUGUGGGAGGGAGCACUGCGUUGCCAUCACCUAUGACGGCAAUGCUUACGCUUGGGGAAAGGGAGACAAGGGACAGCUGGGUGUGGGUCGAAACGAGGAUACAGCGGUGCCACGGCUGGUUCAGGGCAUCGCCGAUGUUCUCCUUUGUGCUGCGGGGGAGGACCACACGGGUGCCAUUUGUCGUGGCGAAGACGACAAUGAGCUGUACAUGUGGGGUUCCUCCGAGAUGGGAAAGCUGGGCCUGGGUGCUGCCGGCCUCUCCUCCACCGACUCGCCACCUGUGGUCGUCAAGGCGUUCUCGAAGGCUGACAACCCCUAUCGCGUUCCUGUGGCCCUCAGCUGCGGUCAGUACCACACGGCGGUGGUUUGUGCACGGGAAGGCUCUGAGGAGGAGAAGAUCGCAGGGCGUGUCUGGACUUUCGGUGGCGGCUGGUACGGCCGCCUCGGACACAACGACAUGGAAAACCAGUUUGAGCCCAAGCUCGUGCAGAGCUUGCUGACACGUGUGCGCUCAGUGCAUUGUGGUGCCUACCAUACAUGUGCCCUCAGCUACGAGAAGGGGGUGGUCAACGACAACGGCGAGCCCGCUGGUGACCUGUGGGUCUGGGGCCGAGGGCGUUGUAUCGGAGAGCACGAACAUGCGAAGGUGCCAAUCAAGUUCAUGCAGAUCGACGGCCAACCAAAGGUGACGUGCGUGGCAACCUCCGACUUGACAAACAUGAUCGUCACUUCAGCAGGCCUGGUCUAUGCAUGGGGUGACAACCGGAGUGGCCAGAUCGGGCUUGAUGGCGGUCGCAAGGAGUCGCCGCAGCCGGAAAUCAUACGAAAUUUGCCUCAGCCUCCGAUCCUGAUGUGCGCUGGCCCCGCACACAUGGCGAUCUACGGCCGGAACAAGGUGAUGAUGGCUUGGGGCAACCAAAGCUGUGGGCGUCUGGGCCUCCAGGAGAAGAAGAUGGAGAAGGUGAUCUUCAAGCCACGGGUCGUCCGAGCAGAGUGGGCCUCCAUCGAGGCCCUGGGCGGCACGGAGGCCGAAGAGGAAGGAGGAGACAAGAAGAAGGUGACGGCAGCAGCGCUGGCCACGUUGGGUGACGACUCGAUCUCGAAGGAUAUCAACGAGAGUGUCAUCAGCGAGGGCUCCUCUGUGAAUUUCGACGAGGGGGAAGCCGGCGAGAUGAGUACGAAAGCCAAUCUUCUCCAUGCGUUCACCUCAGGACAGAAGGUCCAGCGCUUCUCGACGAUGCAGACCAUGUUGAAAGAGGAGCCGGACAGCAACAAGAUGGGCAGUCUACACAAGCACGAGAAGGAGCUCAAGAAGACGGUCGUCAGCGCCGUGCAAGACCUGGUGACAGUGACGGAGAAAGAAAGACGCGUGGCCAUGUUCCAGGAGCGCGUGCAAAAGGGCAUCGACUACCUCAAUGGAGUCCUGCAGGGUCCCGUUCCCCACGAGCGGGAGAGAGACGGACUGGAUGCGUCCUUGAUGCAGAAGCUUCCUGCGUACCAGGAGCUCUUCUCGGUGCUCCAGCUACAGGUCAGCUACUUGGCAACCUUGUCCAUGACAAUCAAGGAUGAAGAAGCUGCAGAGGUCUUCGUGAAAGUCGUGUGCGCUAUCUUCGCCGAUCUCUACGAUGACCGCAUUCGCAACCUGUUUGUGCUGCUGAUGCAGAUGAUGGUCUUCAAGGAGCUCGAGCAGUCGAAGCACAUCGAUGACGUCUUCUUGUCCACAAGCCGUACGUUCAAGCUCUUCUCCUUCUUCGCAUUGCAUGAGGUGCACUUCGAUUCCGUCGUUCAGCCGCUUAUGGAUUGCCAUCGCAUGGACGAGCAGAACCAGCCUGUGACUGUCAUGGGUAUGGUUACGUACAAGACGCUCGAGCGCGGGCAGACCUGGUCUUUGGACUUCAAUGACUACUUGAAGUCUCCGAGCAUAGCUGCCAAGCUGAAGGAGCAGGCCGCUCAGGAGCUCAGAGCCGAUUUUACGAAGGAGCUCGAGGCCUUCUAUGACUUCUUCAAGGUGGAUGUCGUGUCUGCCAUCUCAAGGCUGUACUUGCCCUCCAGCUUUUGGUCCUUCUUUGCAUUCUGCCGGGAGACCAUCAAGGAGUUUCAGCUUGUCGGCAAUGAGGAAGAUGAGGCGGGCACAGAGGUGGAGCUGCAGAUGUGCGAGCCUCUCUUCCGCCUGCUCAUCAGCGGGAUUAUUCUGCCCGUGCUCAGCCAGCCAAAGAAGUACGGCGGGCGGGAGGUUGGCUUGCGGCGGUGUGAGAAGAACAACUUCGAGGGGGACGUCCUGUUCAACCUUCGUACCGUGGUGGAGGCAUUCGAGGACAUGGUCUUGAUCGUCCCCAGUGGAAAGAAGGCGCUGAACAAGAUCGGAUCCCGACUCAGGCCGGAGAUUCUUCGAUACAUCCUUGAACGGCUCAUGACCGGAGCAGAUGAGCCCGACACCAUGGUCACGGUGCAAACCUUCCUCGCGCACUAUGACCGCCUGCCGAAGAGUAUCUAUGUCUCCACCUCCCAGCUCGUGAUGUUCCAGAACAUGAUCCUGAGCAAUGUCAACAAGAUCAGGCUGACGUCUGGGGACCCGCUGGAUGAGGCGACGAAGAAGAUCGGCCUCUGGUCCGAGGACCAUGUGAAAGAGGCCAAGAGCAAGGCUGACAAGGGCCUUGAAGUUCUUCACCGUGUGGAGAUCCAGCACCGCUUCUUCUUCACGGACCUCUCGAUGACUGUGUGCCCAGCUUCGAAGUGCACUGUGCCAUUGCGACUGAGCUCUGCGGCAGGAAGUGGCCAGGGUGCGAAUGAGGGGGCCGUGGAGCAGAAUGUGGAUGUGAUCCGAACACUCAAGGAAGAUAACCCGCACAAGGUCCUGGAGGAUCUCUUCCGACACCUGCCGAUGUUGACUGCGACGAACUUCCAAGACCUUUACACCGAGUUGGAGGCCAUGGUUGCGCAGUUUGUGGCAACGGAGAAUGUAGUCUGGGAGAAGAAGGUGAGCGAAGGUCUGAUCGCUGUCGCUGAUCUCAUUGACACGGAGACAAGCCCGGAAGAGGUGUUGGACACGAUGGCUUCCGUGAUCUUGGCCCGGAACCGCCAUAGCCGCUACCUGCAGUCUGUGCUAGCUGGCCUCUCCCAGCUCUCCGUGGCCCGAGAUCGGCACGGCGAGGAGAUUCGCAGGACCGAGACGGAGCUGAAAGCUCUCAUCCAGCACUCCAAGACGAUGCACUUGCCCACACGGAUUCUGGACGUCGCCAAGGCAGAGUCAGCCAUCCUACGGGGAAGUGAGAUCAACUUCUUGAUCCGGAAGCAGGCCGCCAAAGUCAGGACCAAGACGGGCAACAAGGUGGUUCGGGUUCGCCUUACGGACCUCAUGGAGAAGGGCCAGGUGUUGGCCUGCUACAGCGAGCUCGACACUGUCCAAGAAAACGUUUACCUCACCCUUUGGUCCUCCGACUCGGACGUCAUCAUCCACGUGGGGCUGCUGGACGAUGAGGGCUUUCUCCUCGAGUUUGUGAAGCAAUUCCCUGUCGCGGAGUCCCUGAUCAAGCAGGUCGCCCUCGCUGACCGGAGUGCAACCAUUGGCCUGCCAUCAGAAGGACCUGUGCUGAUGAAGUGGAGGGCCCUUGAAUUGGCAAACCUCCUGAAGUCCGUCCCGCCAGCUGAUUGA